GGGCGGGGCCUCGCCGCACUUCCGGGCUUCUGCGGCGAAGACCUGCUUUUUGGCGUCCUUGGCCGCAGCGGGGAGGGUGUCAGCGGCUGCACCAAACUCGCGCUAUGCUGCUGUUGGCUUUGGGCGGCCGCUGGGCCGCGGGACCCGGAGGGAGGAGGGCUACAUGGUGUGCGGUCGCCGCGCUCCGAGGUUCCGGGGUCGCCUUGUGGCGUGCGGCCUCCCGCGCCGAGCCCUCGCGACUGCUGAGCGGCGGGCUCCUGCAGCGAGCCGAGCCGGGCCUGCGACCCGGGGGAGCGCAGAUACCUGUUUGUUGGAAGCAAUGUGUGCGCUGCUUACAUACACAGUUUGAUAAACCAGAAGAUGGAAGACUGAUUUAUACUGGGAACCUGGCCCGUGCAGUAUUUGGUGUGAAAUGUUUCUCUUAUUCUACAAGUGUGCUCAGCCUUGCAUUUUUACCGUAUCUUUCACAAAGUAAUUUGACAUUUGGAAGUCUGCCUUUGCAAAUCUUAUUUUAUGGGAUCAUGGGAAUCUUCGCAGUGAUCACUCCCACAUUGCUCCACUUCCUUACAAAAGGCUACGUCAUUCGGUUGUACCAUGAAGCCACAACCGACACUUACAAAGCCAUUACUUACAAUGCCGUGCUUUCAGAAACAAGCACGGUGUUCCAACAAAAUGAUGUGAAGAUUCCAGAGAGCUCACAUAUAUUUACUACCUUUUAUGCUAAAACAAAAUCCCUGUUAGUUAAUCCAAUGCUCUUUCCCAACCCUGAAGACUAUAACCAUCUAAUGGGAUAUGACAAACCAUUCACUUUUGAUGAUAUAGAAGAAGUCAGUGAAAAGAAACUGCAUGGGGAUGAGAAAUGAACAUGUUGUUUGCUUUUGUCAUCUCUGUUUCAGUGUAUAAUAAGAUUGCCUAUAUUUUGUUAAUGUGAAGACACAGUGCAGUUGGUGUAGUGUUUGCCUUACACGAGGCCCUGGGUUUGACCCUCAUCAUAUAAGUAGGAGUGCUUGUGAACAGCUGUAAUCCCAGCACUUGGAAAAUGGAGGUAGGAAGAUCAGCAAUUUGGGGUUUCCUUGGUGAUGAAGUAGGUUUGAGGUCAGCCUGGACUGUGUAAGACCCUGUCUUAAAAACAGAAAGUUGAUCUGGGUGGGGGUGGUGGUACAUGCCUUUCAUCCCAGCACUCAGGAGGCAGAGGCAGGAGGAUCUUCAUGAGUUGGAGGCCAGCCUGAUCUACAAAGCGAGUUCCAGGACAGCCAGGGCUGUUUCACAGAGAAACCCUGUCUCAACAAACAAACAAAAAAAUUGAAAAUAUUAAGUAGAAUUUCUGACUAAUUUUCAGAUAAUGAUGUUCUUGUGUAAUAAAAUAUGUUGUUUCUGUUAAAAAUGUGGAUAGUCAUGUGUAUUCUGCUAUAUGUAUAGCUACAUUUAUUUUUAUCUCUUUUUGUUUUUAGACAUAGUCUAACUAUGUAAGAUUGGAUGCCUGGAGCUUGCUAUGUAGACCAGUCUGGCCUUGAAUUCAUAGAGGUCUAUCUGCCUCUGUCUCUCCUGAGUGCUAAGUGUAUGAAUAUACUUCUACUUAAAAACACUUGCAUAAAGUUCAUAAAUUAUAAGAAGCAGUUACUGUGUCUUUUGGUUUAGAAUAUUGGUUUCUGCCUAAGUCCUCUGGUGUAGUAGCCCAUAGUAAGAAUGGAUAUAUAGCCAAGUUUGGUUAGUUGUUCUGUACUCCAUUUUUCCCUCAACACUCCUCAUGAUAGUAGGCAAAUCAUUGGUACUAAAUACAUUCACACUACCUCCCAUAAAAUAGCCAUCUAUGUUAGCUUGAUGGAGAGUUUGCAUUUUCAGAUUUUUAUACACCUGCAACCUUAGCAUUUAAGAGGUAAAUGUUGGAGGCUUGGGAAUUUAAGGCUGCCCUUCGCUACAUAAGUCCAGCCUGGGUUACAUCCAACCUUAAAUCUUGUCCAAAACCAAGAUUUUUAUCUCUUAAGUGUACAAUGGAAGUAUGAUUUUUUUUCUUCUUAAGUCUUGAGACAGGAUGUGUGCUGCUGUGUACCCCCAAGGCUUCUCUUAAACUCAGGAUCUUCCAGCUUCAACCUCUUGGGAGACAUUACUGGUGUAUACCACCAUGCCCAGGAAAAGAUGACUCUUAGAAAAAUUUCAGCCAAGAGCAAGUCUUCAAACCAUUGGAUUUAGAUUGGUAGAUUUAGAUUUAGAUGCUUAUUAAGCACCUGGGUUCUAGUACUUUGCUGGAUACCAGAGUGAAAAUUAAAGAGCAAAACACAGGUUGUCUUACAGAGAUACCUAGAAUCUGUGGCAAGACAUCAUAGUAAAUUUAAGUGACUGUGUAAGUGGGCUUGAGCAUUAUAGACGCCAUUCAGGAGAAAGAUCAUUCAAAUCUAGGGUUGCUAGAAGCUUAUGUUAGGGUAUAGCUUGAGGCAGGAAACCAUUUUCGUAGGACCUAGAACGUGUGUUCUGAACAGCCAGUUCAGCAGAUGGAACUUGGACAUUCAGCUGUGCGGUCUUGAUCUCAGUUCGGACCUCUGGCUCUGCUGCUUACUUGCACAGAUACAUGCUGAUUGUUACCCUAGUGGUGAAUGAGAUGCUUCCCUAGAAAAAGUUUUCCUGUCAUCAACCUGUACUCUGCCGAGAUGUUCAGUCCUGGCAGGAGUGAGGGACCCUAGAGAGACAGACACUCGAAUCGUUCCCUGCUGCUAGCUGCUAGAUUACUGACACAAUGGACUCCAAAGAAGUGGACUCUGUCCAGGAGUCUCAUGCUGGGGCCCUGGUGCGAGCCAGAGGGGAGCUUUUCUCCCAGGAACAGAUUUCGCACAGCUUGCACUCCUGGAGCCAGGAGCCACAGAAUGCUCAGUGAUGGUCAGGACUGCUUAGUUACACAUGCUGUUUGCAUUGAAACCAUUUCAACCUAACCUGCAUGUCAUGACCCCAGAAAUAGACGUGGGCGUCGCUGGACCUCUUUAAUUGCUCCUCUGCAAUGUGAUGGCAGUGGAGGCAGAGCCAUAGCUUUAUGCUGCCAUCAAUAGCAGCCUGAGAAUUCUUUUCAGAGACCCACUCAGGUAAAGGCAGAUUGUUGAUUUCACUACAGAAAAGAAUCUCAGAUUGAGCCAGUUUGAGGUAGGCUGAGGGUUUGUUAAAAGACAUCAUGAGGGGUUGGGGAUUUAGCUCAGUGGUAGAGCGCUUGCCUAGCAAGCACAAGGCCCUGGGUUUGGUCCUCAGCUCGGGGAGGGGGGCGGGGAGAGACACAUCAUGAACACAUUAAGCACAAUGGUUAGAAUAGAUGCUUAGGGAAAAUGAGGCAUGGCAGAGUGUGGAUGGGCUUUUCAGAGGGGAGUCACACACUUCAGAGUUACAGUAGUCACAUACAUAAUGAUUUUGGUAAACCUUAGGUUUGCACGGCAGGAUUACAAUUAGUAAGUUUAUGUAAGAACAACUUCAUCACAGGGAUGCCAGAAGAUAGGUUGUUUUUACUCUAAACAAAGGUUAAUAAUCUUGAGAUCCCCAGAAUACCCCGGAGAAGGAUGCCUUAAGCUUGUUAUGUUGUUAUUUUAACAUUUAAAAAUACUUCUCUCUAGAAGAAAUACUGUCUCUGUUGGCAACCAUCACAGGAAAUGUCAGUGUGAUGGAAUUCUCAGCUGGCAUCAACUGAACUCCAGAAAGAGCAGCUCUUGUGUCUUCCCCAAACCUCACCCUGUCUCCCUCUCACCAGUUCACUAGUGUCUCCUGAAUUGGUGGUGUUGAGGACAAGUGGCCAAUCGUAGCUUUUUAAGGUUGUGAAGGCUGAGGCUUUGACCCUAAAAACUCCAGGAACAUUAGUUCCACCUAGGGAAGAACAUUAGUUAACUUUAAGUUCUUUUCUUAAUUUAAAUUUCAUUUUAUGUGUAUGAGCAUUUUGCCUGCAGGAGCCAGAAAGAGGAGUCAGAUGACCUUGACCUGGAGUUACAGAACACUGUGAGCUUUGAUCUGGGUGCUCAGAACCAAACCCUGGUCCCAUGCAAGAGCAGUGAGUGCUCUUAACCACUGAACCACUUCCUCGGUCCCUCCAUUUUAAAGUAGUCAGGAUAGGGAUCUUUAUAACUUGUUUUAGUCCUAACGACCUCUCCUGCUGCUUCUGAUGUAGUAAGAGACAUAUGUACAAAGUUUUUUGUUGUUUUGAGACAGGCAGGGCUGCUCACUAUAGCUCAGGCUGGCCUUGAACUCAGUAUAUAACCCAGGCUGGCCUCAAACUUGAGCUGAUCCUCCAGUCUCCUCACUGCAAGGAUCACAAGCAAGCUCCAGCAUGUCCACUUAAUGUUUCUUUUACUAAGGAAAAGUGGAGAAAGAACUCCCAAGAGCAGAAGGGUUUCAGGGGAGGAAUACCCAGUUUUUACAAUUUAUAUGAAUAGUUAACCUUUAACAAAAUACAAAAACUUUCAGAAGAUACAAACCUAGGAAGCAAGUUCAUUAGAGAUGCCAGAGUGUGUCACUGCCCUGCUUUAAAUGUCCUGCAUACACGUGAUCAUUUUGUCACUUGUGAGAAAGUUUUUAUUAGUUUGUAACUGACAUUCAGAUGACAUUUUGUUUGGGGAUAGGGAAGCCCAGAGGAUAAGACCUCUGAAGGCAUAGUACAGAGUGAGACCAGGACAUAGAAGGGAUCAGCAUUUAUUUUAGCAGAAUUUGACCACAUCACUUUGUUGGUUGCAAUUUGACAAGUAGUCUCAAUGUCCCUGGGUAGCUGGCUGGCCAUGGGUAGGCACAGUUUUUUUUAAAUCAAUUUUAAUGACUAAUAUUAACUCUCAGAUCACAUAUUUACAUAUGUAGUAAUUACACCUGCCCAUUUAUAUAUAUGUAGGUUAUAGGAUGUCUACAAAGGAGUUAAGGAGGCUGGCAGAAUUCCAAGAACUGUUACGGCUGUAAGACAGAAGAUAUUAAAUUCCACUGGAGAGCUGCUGGAGGUAGCAGAACUCCAGCAUAAUAAAGUCCAGCCAAGAUGCAGAGCUGCAGGGAAGGCUCACACAGGUAUAAGGCAGAUGGACAGACAGAUGGAAAUUUGGGCUAUGUCAAGUAGAACUGAGUAAAGCAUGGGGGGCAGUUGAGUGUUCUCUUAGUGUAGGUCCCCAUCUCCCCUCCCCUAGCACACACCAGGUGGUCAGAUGUGUGUGUGUGGGGAGCUUGGGGGCAGUGGUGGUGCCAUUGAUGUGUUAGGACCUCAUUAUGGUGUCCAAGUGAGGGCACUGCAGCUUUUCUCAGUCUUCUAUGUUUUCUGGCUUUGUUUUUCUGAUUUAUUUAUUAACUUAUUUAUUUGAAUUCUGGUCUCGUAGCCCGGGUUAGCCUUGAAUUCACUAUGCAAUUGAGACUAACCUUGAACUCCUGAUCCUCCAGCCUCUGCCAGCCUCUGCUUCCCAAGUAGAAAGUUCAGUAGUGCAUUGCCAUGCCUGGCCUGUAUUUGUUUUCUUUUGGUUUUUCGAGGCAGGGUUUCUCUGUGUAGCCUUGGCUGUCCUGGAACUCACUCUGUAGACCAGGCUGGCCUCGAACUCACAGAGAUCUGCCUGGCUCUGCUUCCCGAGUGCUGCACAUGGGACUUUUUAUGUGGGAAAAUAAGAUGUGGCAAAAGGGAAAACCAAACUAAAACAAAACAAAAAACCCCACCAAAGAGCAUAUUCAAAUAUCAAACAAACCUAAGAAAGUUAAGCCGUUCUUGGACUUCUUGAACAUGACUAUAUCUACUUCCCAGACUCACAGUUUGUGGGUCACAGUCUUCAUGAUCAGCAAAUUAAGAAAAAUACAAUGCAUUAUUCAUAUGGAUAAUCAUACCACUGCUGAUUUUAACCAAUGGCCUGUCAGUUAAAAAAAAAAACAAUCAUUAAUCUGGCUGGGGCUGUGGUGGCGCACACCUUUGAUCCCAGCACUGGGAGGUAGAAGCAGGUGGAUCUCCAUGAGUUCAAGGCCAGCCGGGUCUACAGAGCGAGUUCCAGGACUACCAAGGCUACACAGAGAAACCCUGUCUCGGAAAAAAACAAAACUACUAAUAAUUGGUACAUUGAUAAUUGGUGCUUUCCAACCCAUUUAAUAUCCUAACAAAAUGUAUUUUCCUUUGAUUCAAACCAAAGUAAAUGAUCUGUUAAAUGUGCUAUUAAAAUUAUUUAGCACAAUCCUUUUCCUCUUUCAUAUGCUAUAAGUUCUGGCCAAGAAUAUUAGAGAAGUGAUGCUGCAUCCUCUUGGUAUUACAAUCAGAAGGCAGAUCAUAUCACCUUGAAUCGAUCCUCACGAUGCUCACUUUGAUUACAUAGUUGAAGUAGUUUCCACCAGGCUUCUCCACUGUCAAGAUACUAUUUUUCCCCACUAACAUCAGCCCUGCUUGAUUCUGUGUUUAGUUCUUAACACCUUGGACAUAGAGCUUUGGAAAAAUUCAAUGAAAGUCAAAUAAUCAAGAAAAGUCAAGAAAUAUGAUAGUAGCUUUGUGCUACAUGGAAGAGAGGCCUUCCACAGAGAAGCAUCAGACUAUUAAAAACAUAGUUGAGCUGGGUGGUGGUGGUGCACACCUUUGAUCCCAGUACUUGGAAGGCAGAAGCAGAAAGAUCUCUGUGUCUGAGUCCAUCCAGCCUGGUUUACAGAGUGAGUUCCAGGAUAGCUAGGACUGUUACACAGAGAAACUGUGUCGGGGGGAAAAACAACAACCAGAACAAAAAACGUAGUUGAGCUUGGCAUGGUGGUGCACACCUUUAGUCUCAGCACUGAGGAGGCAGAGGCAGGCAGAUCUUUGAGAGUUUGAGUUCAGCUGGUCUACAUAGUUGAGUUCCAGGCCAGGCAUGGAUAUAUAGAGAGUUCUUGCCUCAAAAAAAAAGUCCAUACUUUUGACUGUAAAUAUUCAGUUCUAACAAUUCUUUGAUUUGUUAGCAAAUAAAGAAGUCUAUUGCUGA